GACUUAUAUGUAAAGAAGCCUCCCUCUCUCUCGCUCCCAUUCUUUCUUUCUUUCUUUCCUUUUUUUCACUUUCUUUUCUCUUCUUCCCAUCCUGAUCUGGAGCAAUGGUGACUGAAGAGGAGGCACGAGAGGCGGCAGAUGGAGAGGAAGUUCAAGUGGAAGUUGCCGAUCUAGGAACAACCCAUUUGCAAGUGAACCUAGACAGCAAGCUUUCAUCUCAUGGAGAUAUCAAGGAGAAGGGCAAAAUAAUGGAUUCAACUGAAGGAAUUUUGAGGGUUACAGAGGAUCAGGUUUUCGAAAAGGCACCCUCGGUAGCCGAAAUUCCUCUAGAACAUACUCCAAAUGGUACAGCGUCUUCUCUGAAUGGCCAUAUGAAAGAAGCGAAGAUUUCAAAUGAAAAGCCACAAGAAAAUGGUCAGAAAGAUAAUGAGCAGGUAGAAGCCUCGUCAGAUGGAAUAAACACCGAUCAGAGCAACAAAAGCAAUGGCAAAGAGACAGUCGAUUCUUUCAGUCAUAUUGAGAGCACUACAGAAGAUACCAGUCUUCUGAAAUCUGAGAAUGAAGAGCCCAAGGAACAUUAUGAACAAGAUGUAGAAGGUGCUGCAGUAGAGGACAAAAUGGUGCAGAAAGACACACUGCAAGCUGACGAGCCAACAGUUCCUCAACAAGGCCAGAAUCUGGAACUAGCAAAAGUAACCGAGGACACACAACAUGCAAGCACGUCAUGUAAUCCUCAUGAUGAAGUUGUAGCUGACGCACCUGCUGGAGUCCAGACUUCUCAUGACCCUAAUGCCGAUGACUCUGCUCCCCUUCCAGAUGCAACUGAUGGAAACACAGAAACAGAACCAGCUAAAGUGGAUAAAGAGAGCUUCCCUGAAGAUGAAGAUAUUGCAGAACAUACAAAUGAAAUUAUCAAACUAGAAGAUCAACCAAGCAAGCAAGCUGAUGAUGUGGAUGCAGACUUGGUGCAGGAAGAGGUGCCUAAAAGCAAGAAAACUGAUAUGCCAGAAGAUAUGACUACAACUGAGCAAGCUCAUGAGUCAACGAAUGGUGAUCAAGAAGUGUUGAAUCAGGAAUCGCCAGAAGACACUAGUGACCCUGUGCAUGAAAAAACUGAAGAAACUUCCCACGAGAGCAAUGUGUCUGCCUCUGAGGAGACAACUCCAGAACAUGAUGCAACUGCAAGGGAGCCAGCCCUCGAUGUUCAAGAAGUGCAGAGCCAAGGAUUAGCAGAAGAAAUAGCAGAUGCCAAAGAAGUUGAUACCGGGAAAACAGUUCAGGAAAGUGGUGUUGCUUUUGAGGAGGCAACUUCAAAAGAUAAUAUACCAACCAUUGAACCAAGUUCUGAUAUCCAACAUCCCAAUAGUGUGGAAUCAGAAGAAAUCAAGGGUCUUGAAGAUGCCAAAGCUGAAGAAACCUCCAAUCAAAGCAAUGUGACAAUUGCUGAAGAUACAAAAGAUAAGGAAGCAACAGAAGCUAUACAACCAGUGCAAGGGUUGGAAGAAGAACCUAAGAAUUCUGGAACUGCUGAAAUGGAUGAAGCCUCCAAUGAACCACUGGAUGUCCUCAAUAACCUUGCUGAAGAAGACGGUGUACCAGCAUGUCAGCCCCAGGUGAUAGAAUUAGAAGACGUAAAGAACACUGGAGUCACUGAAACUCAAGAAAUCACUCAACAAAGUCAUGUUGCUGCUUCAGAGGAACUAGAAACAGAAGACAAUUCUAGGGAAAUUGAGUCAUCGAAUGAUGAUAUCCAGCUAAUCCUAGAACAAGGAUCAGUUGAAGUUAAGGACACAGAAUCUUCGGAGACUCAAGAAAUCUGCAAUGAAAGAAGUAUUUCUGCUUCUGAGGACCAUGUAGAAGAUGAUGUGACAGCAGAAGGACCAACCUCUGAUGCCCAAAAAGUAAAGAAUGUUGAAUCAGCAGAAGAAAUCAAGGAUAACACAGCUGACGAUAUCGUCGAAGCCUCUAAUGUGGCAACUGUUGAAGAGGCAGAUCAACAAAACAAUGUGCUAACAAGUGAGGAUGUGUCUGAACAGAAAAUGCGGGGGCUUGAGCCAGAAGAAAUACAGAACACUGAACCAGUUGAAACAGAAGAAGCUUCUGAUCAAAGGCAUCCUGCUCAAGAAGAUAUUAUACCAAGUGAUAUGCUGAAGACUGAGUCAACAGCAGAAGUAACGGGAACUGAAGCCACCAAAACCAAAGCACUCCCCCAGGAAAGCAAUGUUUCCAUUUCUGACGAGCCUGCUUCAGAAGAAAAUGCAACAGCAAGUGAAAUAACCUGUGAUGCUCAAAAAGUAAACAAUUUAGAACAAGCAGAAGAUGUUGAGGGCAACAAAGAUACCAGAGCUAAAGAAACCUCUGACCAAAGCAGCGAAAGCAACGUUGCUAGUCUAGAGGAGAUAGCCACAGAAGAUAGCACAACAAUCCUAACAGAUGUCAGUAUUCAGCAGCUUGAAGAGCAAGAACCAGUUGAAUUCAGGGGCACGGAAACUACCGAACCUCAAGGAAUCUCCUCAUCUCACAUUGUCUCUACUACUGAGGAUUCCGCAUCAGAAGAUAAGGUGAAGGCAGAACCAAGUCUUGACACCGCAGAGAAUUUAGAAUCAGCACCAGUAACUAAGGAAACUAAAGAUGUGAAAAGCACUGAUGCAAUUGCUGAGGAGGAAACUCCAGAGGACCAUGUACAGGAACUUGAGGCACCUGUUCAAACACCACCAGUGGAGGAGCCAGAACUAGAAGAGACCAAGAAUACUGAUAAUCAAAUGGAUGCCACCGUCCUUGAGGACCCAACUCAUGAAGAUGACCCAACCACAAGUAAGUCGCUUGUGAUAGAAUCAGCAGAAGGGAGCAGCAGUGGAGCCACUGAAGGUCAAGAGAUGCCUCAAGUCGAAGUUGCUCGGUCGGAAGACCACGAAGCAGAAGAAAAUAUGAUAGCAAGUGAGCCAGAAAUCCUGGAACCAGAACCUGCUGAUGAAAUGAGAGACAGUGAAGCUACUGAACCUCAAAGUAUCUCACAACAAAGCAUUGUUUCAAGUUCUGAAGAGUCUGUCCCAGAAGAAGAUGUGACAGCAAGAGAACCAGUUUCUGAUAUCAAAGAAGUGCAAACUGAAGAACCAGAACUGAUAGAUGAAAAUAAUGAUGUGAAAGCUGGAGAAAUAUCCAACCAAAGCAGUGGAACUAUUGUUGGAGACGCAGCUCAAGAGAAUUUAGAAUCAGCAACAGGAACCGAGGAAACUAGAGAAGUGAAAAGCACUGAUGUAAUUGCUGAGGAGAAAACUGCAGAAGAACUUGUGCAGGAAUUUGAGGGACCUGUUGACAUACCACCAGUGGACGAGCCAGAACUAGAAGAGACCAAGAAUACUGAGCCUGUUGAGGUGCAUGACAACGUAACAACAAACGAGCUGCCAGCAGAAGAGGUGAAUGAUACUGAAGCCACAGAGAUUGCAGAAAUCCAGAAUGAGUGUGCUGAUCUCACUGAAGACGUCAAAAGCAAUGUUCCCCUUGCAGACCAGGCAGCUCCUGAUGAGCAUGCAAAAGCAAUAGAAGCAACUGCUGAUAUACCACAGGUGCAAGAACCAGAACUAGAGGAUAUCAAGAAUAGUGAACAUGUUGAAGUGGAAGAUAAUAUAAUAGCAAGUGACCUGCCAAAAGAAGAGAUCAAGGACAUUGAAGCCAUGGAAACUGAAAUGAUCCCUGAUGAGACUACUGGUGCAAACAUCAGCGAGCUCACCAAUGCUGUGAAAAGCAAUGUUGCUCUUGCAGAAGAGGCAGCGCCUGAAGAACAUGGAACAGAAACCGAGGCAACAAUUGAUAUACCACAAGCACAAGAGCCAGAACUAGAAGAGGUCAAGAAUACUGAACCUGAUGAGAUGGAAGAAAACAUAUCGGCAACUGACCAGUCAGCAGAAGAGAUCAAGGCCAGUGAAGCCAUGGAAACUGAAGCAGUCCACGAGAGCAUUGAUGCAAACAACAGCAAGCUCGCUGAAGAUCUUGAAGACGAUGCAGCUCAUGAAGAACAUGUAAUAGCAGCCGAGACAACAGUGCAAAUACCACGAGCACAGGAGCCAGAACUAGAAGAGAUCAAGAAUAGUGAACCUGUUGAGGUGAAAGAAAACAUGUCAGCAAGUGACCUGCCAGCAGAAGAGGUGAAUGAAACUGAAGCCACAGAAAAUAAAGUAAUCAACAAGAACACUGAUGCAAAUACAAGUGAGCCCACUGAAGAUGCGAAUAGAAAUGUUGCUGUUGCAGACGAGGCAGCUCCUGAAGAACAUGUAAUAGCUACUGAGGCAACAGUUGAUAUACCACGAGCACAAGAGGCAGAGCUAGAAGAGACCAAGAAUGCUGAACAUGUUGAGGUGGAAGAAAACAUAACAGCAACUGACCUGCCAGCAGAAGAGGUGGAGGAAACUGAAGACACGGAAACUGAAGUAAUCAGCGAGAGCACUGAUGCAAAUAUCAGUGAGCCCACUGAAGAUGCCAACAGAAAUGCUGUUGCAGACGAGGCAACUCCUGAAGAACUUGUAAUAGCAACUGAGGCAACAGCUGAUAUACCACCAGCACAAGAACCAGAGCUAGAAGAGAUUGAGAAUGCUGAACAUGUUGAGGUGGAAGAAAGCAUAACAGCAAGUAACCUGCCAGCAGAAGAGGGGAAGGAAACUCAAGACACGGAAACUGAAGUAAUCAGCAAGAGUACUGAUGCAAAUAUCAGUGAGCCCACUGAUGAUGUGAAGAAAAAUGGUGCUGUUGCAGAUGAGGCAGCUCCUGAAGAACAUCUUAUAGCAACUGAGGAAACGGUUGAUAUAUCACGAGCACAAGAGCCAGGGAUAGAAGAGAUCGAGAAUUCUGAGCAUGUUGAGGUGGAAGAAAACAUAUCAGCAAGUGACCUUCCGGCAGAAGAGGUGAAGGAAACUGAAGUAAUCAGCGAGAGCACUGAUGCAAAUAUCACUGAGCCCACUGAAGAUGCGAAAAUAAAUGUUGCUCUUGCAGACGAGGCAGCUCCUGAACAACAUGUAAUAGCCACUGAGGCAACAGUUGAUAUACCACGAGCACAAGAGCCAGAGCUAGAAGAGACUGAGAAUGCUGAACAUUUUGAGGUUGAAGUAAACAUAUCAGCAAAUGACCUGCCAGCAGAAGAGGUGAAGGGCACUGAGACAAUGGAAACUGGAGCAAUCAGCAACAGUACUGAUGCAAACAUCACUGAGCUCACUGAAGACGUUGCUCUUGCAAACGAGGCAGUUCCUGACAUACAUGUAGAUAUACCGCCAGCACAGGAGCCAGCACUAGAAGAGAUUAAUAAUACUGAACCUGUUGAAGCGGAAGACAGUAUAACAGCGGAUGAUGUCCCAGCAGAAGAGAUAAAUGAGACUAAAUUCAUGGAGACUGAAGAAAUCCCUCAUGAGAGCACAGAUGAUAGUUUGACAGCCAGUGCACCACUUGCUGAUAUUCAACAAGCCCCAGAACAAGAAGCAGUUAAAGACAAGUGCACAGACACAACACAAAACCAAACAGAACCCCAACAAAGCAUUGUUUCUACUGCUGCUGAGCCUACUCGAACAGAAGAAAAACCAACAGUGACAGAGCUAGCUUCCGAUGUACAACAAGUGCUUGAACGAGAUUCAACCGAAGAAACCACAGGAAUUGAAGAUGUGCAUACUGAAGAUGACCAGCAACACGGAGUUUCUAACCUUGAGAAGCCAGUGUCAGAAAAUGAUGUGUCAGAAAGUGAGCCAAAUGUUGCUGAUCAAGAAGUGCAGGAGGACAAAACAGCAGAGGUCGAAGACACAGCAGCUAUGGAAGCUGAAGAAAUAUCUACCCAAGAUAAUAUCCCUACUACUGAAAAUGCAGCUCAAGAAAGCAGUGAACCAGGAAAUGAUCCAGAUUUGCUUGUCCAAUCUGAAGAUAUCAAGGAAGAGCUUCUAAAGGCAGAGGAAACAGGCCAAAGUAAUGGUGCCACCCUUGAAGAACAAACUGCAGAAGACAAUGCUGCAAAUGAAACCGACCCUCUUGCUGAUACUAAACAAGUGCAUGGACUAGAAUCAGUGAAAGAAUACAGCAGUGUUGAUGCCACUGAAGGUGAAGAAGCCUCCCAUCCAACAAGCCAAGAUGCUGGUUUAGAGGAGAUAGUUUCAGAAAGUAAUGUAGCAACAACUGAGCCAACUUCUGAUAUUCAGCAAGUAGAUGACUUGGAUGAAGCAGGAGAAAUGAUGGCCACUGAAGCUAUCAAUGAUGAAGAAAUUUCCUAUCCAAAAACAGAGGCUGCCCCUUUGGAGGAUCCAUCUCCAACAGACAAUGGAAUGUCACCAAAACAAAAUUCUGUAGAGUUAGACCAAGAAACCUUGGGAACUGAAAUCAACAAUGCAGAGCCAAUAGAACAAAAGGACGAAUCAUCUGACAUCGGUGAAAAAACUGCUUUUACAACUCAGAAAGGUGAGAGCCCUACUGAGGAAGAUGAUGUACAAAGUUCUGGUGAUGAUACAGUAGGGAUUUCAAACAAUAUUGAGCAAAUCAAAGAACAGUCAAAAGCUGUAACUGAAGAUGACGCAAUAAAAAGCGGUGAACAUACCAUUGAUCAAGAUGACGAGCAGCUUCACAGUGUGGAACUUCAAUUGCAAGUUUGUGAGAGGUCAGUGGAUGUUUCAGCCAUUGAGCAGCCAGAUGAUGACGUACAAAAGGUUAACUUGGGUCAGCAGCAGAAGGAAGAUGAGGUGAUUAAAGAGCAAGCAGAAGAAAUUCAGAGAGAUGAGCAGAAACAUGAUGACAGUAGCACCGAGUUAACCACCGAGACAUUAUUGGAGCAUCAGAGCAAUGAAAUUGGCACAACAAACUGGAAUGAGGACACUGAUAUGUUUGAGGCUGAAAAAACAGAGACAGUGGCUACUGAAAUGCUCAUGAAUGAACAAACCCCACAUAUACAACAGGGAUCUACCCCAGCCAUUGCAGAUGCAAAGGUUGAGAACUCCACAGAAAUAAAGGAAACGCCUGAACAAGAAAAUGCACCCAACAACACUAGCACUUUAUAUACUGAUGCCGAUGCUGAAAAUCAUAAUGAAGAUGAGAAGGAGAAUCUAGAAACAGAUGCAGCAGUAGUAAAACCUUCUACUGACGAACAAGAUGGAACAACUGAUGAAACUGAGAAUCCUACAGUGGUUCCUCGGAAUGUUGAACCCAAAGUACACAGCGAGGAGAAAGCAUGCAUAAACAAGGCCAAUGAUGGUAUGCAGGCCAUUCAAGCAUCACAAGAAGAGAUCGUUGAUGAAGUGGAAAAUAAGCAAGAAAUGCAAAAUGAAGAUACCUGUGUUAACAAUGAUGAAAUUCAGACCAAACCUCUAAAUGAAGAUGCAUCAAAAUUGCAUUCCAAUGACAACACAGAUAUCAAAAUGGACGAUACCAUCAGCCCCUUUGCAGAAAUGACGCAUGGAAGAAUAGAUGCACAGCCCACAGAAAUCGAAGAGGUGGAGGAAAACAAGGGAUUCCGUUCCAUUUCAGAAUAUGCUGUACAAUGUUCUAAUCAGAAUGACGUUGAGCACAACUUAAGCAUUCAUCCAAAGGUUGUAGAUGACAAUUUGGCAACAACAGAGCAGAGUGAUGCAGAAGUUGAAACUAACUCGAAUGAGGAAAUGGCGACUAGCUGUACAGCAGUCACUGAAGCAGUCAAAUUUGAUGAAGCUAUCAACAAUAAGGCUAAUGGAGCUGAUGGGGCACUAUCUGAUGAAAAUCUCGAGACCUCUGAGGACAACAGAAGGAACCUCGAGGCUUCAUCUGCAGUUACGUCAUUGGGAGAAAGUAUGAAUGAAGGCAAUGAACAUCAUAAUCUUGCUCUUCCUGCACACUCUGCAGUGGAUGGAAACACAGCUGAGCAAGCAUCUGGCUUAGAGGUGACAGAAAGAGGGCUGUUGUUUCCAGAGAAGCCACUCCCCGCUGAAUCAGAAGAGCAUGAAGAGAGUCAAACAACCAAAGAACAAAAUGAAGAGGACAUACAUGAGCAAGAAACUAGUGACACGGAGAAAGAAGAGAAAGAAGAUGAACAAAGUGAUUUGCCUGUCUCCAAUUUUCUGAUGAACCUGAUCAUGGGAAAAGAGAGUACUAAGCCAGACAGUAAUUUGGAAACUGAGGCUGAAAUGAAGCAAGAAGAAACUACAAAAGAUGACAGUGGUUUGAUCAACUCUCAACAGGAAGAAAGCUUGGUGCCAAUUCCUACAGAAUAUAAGGUGGACAACAAGCUCAUCUUUGAACAAGGAAAACAUAAUCUAGAAGGCUCUGAAGAAACACAUGAUUUCAAGCUGGAAAGUGAUGAAGAGCUCAGUAGGAACACUCAUGAAUUGGAAGCACCAGUAUCCCAAAACAAUGUCCAAGAUGAAAUAUCUGGUGAACUAGUACCAGGUGGACCUGGGCUGAUGACAGAAGUGGAAAGUAGAAACGUUAAGCUAGGUGAAAGGGCAACCAAUUCUGUUUGUCAAGAACAUAUGGAAGCGGCAACACAAAUUGAAGGAGGCUUGAAGAGCAACAUUGAUGACUCCACAAACCCAAAGGCUUCUCAAAAGAAUACAUUAGAAGGAACAACAGACCUUCGGCAUGAGUCUUUACCUGAAGAGAGAAGUUCUGAUGCAGUGGCCAGACAAGCGCUCUUGGCGACAGAACCGGAUACAGGUGAUGAAGAGAAAUUGCCUAAUGACACUGAUGAUCUUAAAAGCCCUCUGAGCACAAAGAGAGAAGAGUCCACUGAAUCUUCCAUCAUUGAGGCCGAAAGUACUAUCAAGGCAGAACAGGAGAAUGAAGUAGAGAAGGAAGAAGAGAAACAUCAUACAAUCAACGCAAGUGGAUCUACUGGAGGAGAGAUAGAAAAUCUGCAUGAUGACUCGCAGAAAAGAACAGACGCAAUAUCUGAUGAGAAGAUGGCUGAAAUUACUGAACUAGAUAUUGGCACUGAGAUAAAUUUGGUUGAUGAAAAGGAGAUUUCUGCAGGCUCAAAAUGCGAGGACAAAAAACAAAGUAGCUAUGAGUUACCAAACAGUGAACUAGACAGCUCAGAGAAAGCUUUGGAUAUUCAGUCAGAUGGUUCCAGCUUGCAUAUAAACCAAGAUAAGCAAGAUGAAUUUGCUGGAGACCAAAUUGUGAUGGAGAAGAACAGCCUACUAGACAAGCCAGGCAAGUCAAAUUUGCAUGAAGAGCAGGAAGCGGAAUUUGGACAAGAGUCUCCUAAAGAAUCUGAUGGAGGUGGUCAGAAUUGUUUGGCUAUAAGAGAACCUGUGAUCGAAGAAGAGAAUGUAAAUCGAACAGUUGAAAGCCAUGUGCAAACAGUGAACACAAAAUCCAACGAAGAGCAAGAAACAUAUAAGCCACAGGUUCAGGAACGUGAUUUCGAUGUGGUUUCAGCAAAAGAAGCUCUUGAGGCUGAAGAAAAUUUUGUGGAGAUGGCAAAGCCAGAAUUAAGCACAGAUGCAGAACGAAGUCAAAAGGAAGAUAAACUAAAUAUGGCAGGAGAGAAGACUUAUGAUGAGAAGACAAAGGAUGGAGAGGAAGCUAAGAGUUUCACUGAUGAAGCAACAACGAAAAUUGAAGAACAAGGAGCCUUACAGAAGGCGUCACAUAAUCAGACACGUGAUCUCAAUGUGGUUUUACCAACGAAAGCUCCUGGGAGUGAAGAAAGUUUCGUGGAUAUAAAAACGCCAGAGUUCAGCACAGAUGAAGAACAGAGUCCAAAGAAAGGUGAAUCAAAGAUGGCUGAAGAGAAGAGUUCUGACAAGAGAACAAACAGUGACGAGGAAGCUAAGAAUUUCACUGAUGAAACACCAAUAAAAAUUGAAGAACGAGAGGCAGGACAGAAGGCAUCACCUAAGAAGCAUAAUAUCCUAUCUGGUGUCGGGUCAAAGGUAAAGCACCAACUAGCAAAAGUGAAGAAAGCUAUCAUAGGCAAGCCAGGUCACACCAAAUCUGAGUUAGCGAAAUCUUAAGGUUGAAACUGCAUUAACCUUAGAGCAUGUACAUUUUUGUUGUUUUUUGUGCUUUUGUAUGCCAUUUGCUUGAGUUGUAGUAUGCGGUGAUGGUACUAGUGAACUUCAAGGUUUCUCUAUGGCCAUUGCAUUGUAAUGUUGUGAUAUUCAAGAACAGUUGUAAAUAUAGAUAGUGUGUAAACAGAAGAUUGGCAAUUGUUGGAGUUUGGGGUAUAACUGAGUGUAACAGGAGAAGGUCAGAUUGUUUGUUUCUUCUUCACUGAUAUGCAUGUACUUUUUCAU